AUACCUGCUGCUGAUCAAGUCAGAUUAUUUGCUUUCUGUAGCAAAACUGACAGAUUUCAUUAUAUCUGCGAAGAGUUCAUUUCGUCACUAGUUGUUAGUUUUUAUAAUGGAAGCGGUAAGUGGGAUUAUUUUAUUCUUGAUGGCUGUUGGAGUUUAUAUUGUUUGUUCGGUUUACCUGCUACGCAAUCCACUUAUACUUCAUAAGAAGAAACGGCUGGAAUUUUACUGCAGACACAUUUCACACAGAGGAGGCAAUGGAGAGAAGAUAGAAAGCACAAUAGAGGGAUUUACCAAUGCUGUUAACAUGGGGACUGAGAUGUUGGAGAUGGACUGUCACCUCACUCUGGAUGGAUAUGUUGUGGUUUCACAUGAUGAAAACAUUUUGAGACAAACAGGAUAUGAUAAAACACUGUCAUCGCUUAGAUUUAAGGAUUUGCCUCUUUAUAAAGAGAAACUUGAAGUCACGUUCUAUGUUGGACACUACAGUUCAGGAAAGGACAGAAGGUUUGCAUUACUUGAAGAUGUCUUCAAAAAAUUUCCUAACAUGCCAAUGAUACUUGAAAUCAAAGAAGACAAUGGAUUGCUUAUUAAAAAGGUCUCUAGUCUUGUAAAACAGUAUGGAAGAGAUGGUAUUACAAUUUGGGCUUCUGAAGAAUCAAAAAUAAUGGAUAAUUGUCAAAAGGAGAACCCACACAUGCCCUACAUGUUUACUAUAUGGCGUGGAGCAGUGCUUUUAUUGCUCUUUUAUACCGGCCUCCUCCCCUUUGUGCCUCUGGGUGAAAGUCUACUGCUGUUCUACCUGCCCAGAAUUAUCAACAGGACUUAUAUUCCAGAGGAAGCCAUUCUUAAGAAAAGAUUUGUAGUGUAUUUACUUCAGAAGUUGACUAUGCGGAAAUCUUUGUUGGAGCACUUAGUCAAGAGGGGUAUACAGGUGCAGCUGCUUGUGUGCAAUGAGGAGAGUGACAUGGCAGCUGCGUUUUCAAUGGGAGCCACAGGUGUUAUGACUGACUAUCCCACCCUGCUAUCAAACUACUUGGAAAAACACCCUCCCCCUCUACCUCCUACUGUUUAUUAG